AGUCUCUUCGAAACCCUCGCGUGCGAAGAAGCAGCGUAACAUCUGCGUGCACCAGUCCCAAACCUUUUCCGAGCAGCCGAGGUCCCGACCGAACCAUAAGGCAAGAUGGGUAACGCCGUGUACGCGAUGUCCGGGAGCUACGACGUGCCGAGCCCGCCGACGGGGCUUACUAUCCGCGAACAGUACUCCAUUGCCGAGACCUGGUCUGCGUUUCGCAGAGACUUGCCAACCGGGAGCAUGUCCGCUUUCAUCGUACUCUUCAGUCGGUACCCGGAGUACAAAAUGCUCUUCCCCGCAUUGAGACACGUUCCGUUCGGUGAGCUGUCCCAGGACCCCAGGCUGAUGGCCCAUGGGAUGGCUGUCUUUUACUUCCUCUCCGCCAUGGUGGACUCGCUGGAGAACCCAGACACGCUGGUGGAACUCAUUCGCAAGAACAGCCUGAAUCACGUGCGUCGUGCCGUGACACCACAUCACUUCGACCAGAUGGCCGUCGUCAUCGUACAGGUCUUGCAGGACAAGCUACGGGCCCGCAUGACUGCCACGGCAACGACUGCCUGGCAGAAACUGUUCAAGUUUCACAAUGACACCCUACGUGCUGUUUACGCUAGAGCGCAAGUCAUGCAGAUGUCUGAUGGGACACCCAUCCACCCUUCGAAAUCGGAAGACUUCAUGAAGUCUAAACUCUACGAGAUGCGGGCCCUACCGAUGCCGAACAUGUCGCCCAGGACUCCGCCGAAUUCACCGCGGAGGUCGCCGGUGAUAUCGCCGAUGAUAUCGCCGAUGCGAACGCAGAGCGGCAGUAAAUCGCCACGGAAGUGGCUGCGGAUUGCCAAGUCGAAAUCAUCGGAGGUGGCUGUGAGAAAUGCUGCACCGCUUGUAGAAACAUUGGAAGAAGAACAAAGUAAAGCGACAAGUCCUUCUGGUAGUCAAGGACCUCCUCGUGAAGGAGAAGUGCUCAAAGUGAUAGAGAGAUCAUCACGAGAGCUAGUCGCAGGAGCCAUACCAACAGUGUCGAAAGAUAUAACAGAAUCCACACUUUAUGCUACGGAGUCGAAAAGGGAUGCUUCUGACAUAAUGCAGAAGGGAACAGAAAUACAGGUAGAGGCGAAUUUGUCGAAACAAAAGGAAUCUACCGAUUAUCUACUAAAAAGUGAAGGUGCCACGUCUGCGCUUGAGCAACAAAAAACGGAGUUGAGCAGUGAAAAGGAAACUCAGCAAAGGACGUCAGGUGAAUCUUCUGACCAGAUGCAGUUACAAGCGGAUGUACAACCGGAAACACGAGACAAGCAACACGUGGAAAUACAGCCCAGGACAUCAGAAUCCGCAGGAGAGCAGUUGUCGAAAACAGACGUACGGCCAGAUGCACCGCGCAAAGUACAGGAGGAGGAACGCCGAAAAUCUCCAGAAUCGACGGAUGGGCUGCAGUCGAAAACGGACGUCCAACUGGAGACACGAGAUAGUACACAAGAAGAGAAAGAGCUAAAGGCAUCGGAACACAUUGAGCAACCGAACGUAGACGUCAACGCAGCACCAGACAGAGGCCAGGAGAAAACACAGCCGAAAGCUUCACAGUCCCUAGAGUUGCAGACCAAAGCAGGAGCACAGCAGGAGCGACAGCUGGAAGAGCCAAAGGGGUCAGAGCCUGUAGACAAGUUAAAAUCCAGAGAAGACGUACAAGUAGAAGCACAAGACAAGAUACAGCAGUCAGCAGAACAGCAAGUGGAACAGCAGCCAGGGAAACCGGUGCUUGUCAACGAGUUGCAGCCGAGUUCUGACGCACAGCCAGAAGCACGAGACGCGGGUCAGGAACAGGAUAGGCUGAAGACGUCUGCCAGCAAUUUGGAGGCAAGGACAUACGUGUCUCCAGCAACGCAAGACAUUAAACUUAAGGACAAAAGGGCAUCGGAGGCUGCCGAGAAGCUUGAGCCCAAGGCGGACAUAAAACCAGGAGCACGAGACAUUGGACAGGAGGAGGAAAAGCCAAAGACAUCAGCGUCUACCGGCAAACUGCCGGUAAAGAACCUCCCACCAGAAGCGGAAGACAAGUUUCACGAGAAACAGUCGACACCGGAACAGCUAGAGGUGAUGCAAGCAGAAGCAAGCAUGAUACAAGAAGCAGGGGAGAAGGGACAAGAGGAAAGGUUAUCGCAGGGCACUGAUAGGGUGCUCCCUAACGUAGACGUAAAACCUGAUGGAGGAAAACAGGAGGAACAACAACCAAAACCUUCAGAGACUUCCGAAAAGUUGCUCCCAAACGCAGACGUAAAACCUGAUGGAGGAAAACAGGAGCAACAACAACCAAAACCUUUACAGUCUUCCGAAAAGUUGCUCCCAAACGCAGACGUGAAAGCUGACGCGCGCCAAGAAGUACAGGAAGGACAACAGCCAAAUGCAUCACAAUCAACUGACAAGCUGCAGCCCAAAGACGUACAAAUCACAGCACAAGAGCCGAAAAAAUCAUCCGGCGAAAAGCUGCAAGGACAAUCUGACACACAGCAGAAAGCAGAAGACAAUCUAGAGCUGGAAUCCCUGCAUCAGGCACGUAAGUCCGAAUCAGCAAUAAAACCACUCGAGGACGUCGGGAAAGCGUUGGAAAUUGUAGAGGAGCUGACUACCUCGUUGGCUGAUCUACCACCUGCCGCGAAAUCAGAUUUGCGAACGAAUUACUCGGAAGAGCCUCACGUUUCCGAACCCCCCAAAACAGAUAACGCCUAGAGAGGCUGCGCACUGAAGGACUGCAAAUAUUUCAUUGUCGUGGAUGUCCUGCUUCGUCGGGAAUAAAAGGAAUGCGUUCUUGUA